CGUAGAUCAUUCUGAUUGCAAUUAAUGCAGUGACUAAACACUUAAAGCAGACUUUGUGCAUUUUAGAUAUGAGGAGAGGAAAAGUUGAUAGUUGUUGGGGAUGGAUGAUAGUGGCAGCCGCUGCAUUAAACAGAAUAAUAAUAUAUGGUAUAUCGCACUCAGCUGGUGUAGUUUAUGUUGUCAUCCUGGAAGUUUUUAAUGAAGGGAGCGGAAUAACAUCAUGGAUAUCUUCUCUCAUCACUGCCGUUAUAUUUUUUACUUGUCCAUUAUCCGGAUACCUGAUAGAAAAAUUUGACGAAAGAAAGGUUGCCAUUACUGGAAGUCUGAUUGCAGGUAUCGGCAUGAUGUCCUCUGCUUUUGUCACUUCCGUUCCAGCUCUUAUUUUAACUUACGGCAUAGUUUCAGGUGUAGGAUGCGGGCUAGCAUUUAUGCCAGGAAGUGUUGCAGUGGCUAAAUACUUCACAAACCAUCGACACCUAGCAUUGGCGAUAGCAUCUUCUGGUGGAGGAAUUGGCAGUUUUGCAUUCCCACCAUUUAUUCAAAUGUUAAAUGAAUAUUAUACAUGGCGGGGUAUGUUUUUGAUUCUUGGUGGAAUAACUCUCAAUAUAUGUGUAUUUGGAUUAAUACUCCGCCCAUUGGCAAAGAAGAUCAGCCUAAAGAAAAGUAAUAAAAAAUCGAAAAAUAAUAAGUUACAACAGAGCUUGGAUAGUAAAAAUAUAAAAACCAAAAUGAUGAACGAAGAAAGAGAUAGAUUCCUGGAAAGACAUUUUUAUUUGAAAAUUCCAUCGUUUUACGUCCUUAUGGCCAAUAGUUUUAUGUAUCAAUUUGGUGCAUCUAUCAUAUUAGGUCACCUGCAAGCUUAUGCUGUUUAUCAUCUAGAUUUUACUACACAAAAUGCUGCAAUAUUGUAUACAAUUUCCGGUGUGAUGGUUCUUGUUUUUAAACUUCUACAUGGUGUAUUUGCAAAUAUAAGCCAUGUUAAAAUAUUUCGGCCUAUUUAUCAAUACAUAUUUUUCUAUGCAAUAGGAGGAAUAGCAACAAUAUGUUUGACUUUUGAUUCCAGUUACGGUGUUUACUUUUCCAGUGCAGUAUUUGGAAUGAGUUAUGCAGCAUGUGGUGGUUCACUUAUACCAGCUAUAGUCAUUGACAUCACAGGCGUAGAAUCAUUUGGUGUUGCAUAUGGAAUUGUGCUGUUCUGUCUAUCAAUUGGACAGUUAAUUGGUGCUCCGAUUGCAGGACUUUUAUAUGAAUACCAAAAAACAUAUGAUGCCGCUUUCGUGCUAGCAGGAACAACGAUGAUAGCAAGUGCCAUCAUAAUGAUAUAUCCGUUGAGAACUGAUCUUAAUCCUCCGAAACUAAGUAAACAAGUUGAAAUUAAUAUAGAAAUCGAUUUGAAAAAUAAUGUGAAGCGUACGGAUUUUGAUCCCAUAUCCGUAUCUUCGUAUAGGAAAGUAGAAGAAGGCUCCAAGUACAAUAAAAGACAGUUUACAUUAUGCAAGGACUUAUUCCCGUAGUUCAAAUGUUGACAUCGAAAACAACACCAGAGUUACUGUCUGGAAUCAUUAGAAAUUUAGCCAAGAUCCUCAAGUUAAGUGUCAAAAACAGUUUAAAUAAACAGUAAUGCAGAAGUUUUACAGUGGUUUGAGAUUGAUCAACCACUCAUCAUUCACUCAACACUUCCAUAGAAGGUUAAUUUUUAUAUAUAGUAAGAUGUUUGUUGUGGUAAUAAUAUUUGGUAAACUGAUCUAACUAGUUCUUUCAUAAGGAGAGUAACUCUUUAUAUGAAUAACAUUGCUUUUAGUGAUACAGUUUUGGCAUACGUUAUGAAAAAAAGGAUUAGACAUGAAACAUGUAUAUCAGAGGUUUUUUUCUAUGAAUGGCAUUGUUUUCAGAGAAAAAAAUGGAAUAAAUAAUGGUUUAAAGCAGACUAUUUUAAAGGUAAACGACAUGUAAAUCAUCCGAAAGAAUCUAAUGAAAGGAGGUUGCUGUUACAAUGUACUUAACGUCUUAUUUCAAUUUAAAAUAUUAAAUUUGUGUAGACAACUAAGAUCUGAUGAAAUGUGUUAUGGAUCAUGUUUCGCUGCAUUAAAGAGGCAGUUAUUGUGUGCGAGACAUAUGUGUGGAAGACAUAUUUUGGUUUCUAUGAAACCAGUUUCUUUUUUUUAAUGAUCACUUUAAUAUGUAUUAUUUAAAUACAACUAAUGUCUUAUGUCAUCUUUGCAUAGAAUAUUUUAAGUAUUGCUUACAAUUGUCUCCAGAUAUUUUUUAACACUUUUCGACUAGAAACAAGUCAUAAAUGGAGCUAUUUUGAUCUUCAUGUUCAUUGUUACACUAAACUAUAGAAUGCUUCGAGAAAAAAAAAGACUAAACGAAAAUCAAAAAGCAGAACUAUAUUUAUGACUUAUUGUGUUAUUAUUUGCAACUUAUUCUUAUUAAAUGUGUUAAAGUCUAUAAGACAUAUUUACGAAAUGUUUAUAUAGAGGAUGCUAAGCGAUUAUGACAGAAAAGCUGCUCGCUUUUGUAGUAAAUAAAUGGUGAUUUUGAUAACUGUAAACCUGUACUUAUCUUAUUCAAUGCAUGUAACAGCUUGCACAGUUAUAAUUGUAAUAUGUAGUAUAAUUAUGAUAUCAUGAUAUAUAUAUAUAGAUUAUUACAUUGAUACAAGUGGAUUAUCGGAUUUAUCCUAUCGAGAUAUUUAAAAUAUAUAAUUUAACUAUCGAUAUUGGAUAAAUCCGAUAAUCCACGCGUUACUUUGUAAUAAUCUGUUUCUCUAAUGAUUAAAAGAUAAAUUUCCUUCUUUUCUAAACCGAAAUCCCCUUCGAGUGUCUUCCUCUUUCCACGAAGUUGUCAAUUUCAUUAACACCUGUUAGAACAUUUUGAUCAUUUCAGGGAGCUGAGAAAGGUUAUGACCCUUUGACUCAGCCAAUCAUCUUCUGAGAUCACCGGCAACCACACGUUGAUUAAAUUUUUUUAUACAAUGUGUUCGGAAAGGGAUAUAUUUCCAUAACAUUAGAGAAAUAUUUAUAUAGAAAGAGAAAUUUUACUGUUUCCUAUGUUGUUGUGUUGUUAAUGGCUACCAUUCAAGUCACUUUAUGUCUUUUAUUUAAAAAAAAAUAUAUUGAUACUAUUAAGGUGGCUCUGGCCUAUUCGAAGUUUCUAUCAGAAGUGGUAUAUUUUUGGUUAUUUCACCAUUUAAAUAAAAUGAAUCAAAUUGGUAAAAAAAAAUUGGGGGUCACGGAUUAUUUAAGCUCAAAAGUUUACUUUAAAACAGGUAUGUAAAAGGGUCCAUUUUUCAAUGAAAUGAUUUGGAAAAUAGAGGUGUUGACAUUUUUUUAUCGGAAAUUAAAAAAAAAGUUCCAUGACAAUUGGUCCAAAACUGUAAUAUAAAAAGCUGGCAUAUAGCUUCAAAAAAUGAGCAAAAAAAAAAACGUAGAUCACCGAUAAGGAAAAAAAAUUAUUUUGCCUUAAAACCCAAACUUUGGUGGGAAAAUGGUGAAAAUUGGUGAAAUGUCAUUUUGACCCUUUAACAAAUACGGAUAAUAACGAAAAUAUUCUAUUAGUCAAAUAACUACAAUGAUUUAACAUUUAUAUUUAAAAAAAUGAUAUUGGAUUUAUGACAAAUACUUUCAUGCGUGAAAUUAUACGCAGUCGAUUAGUCCAGAGCCACCUUAAGAUCUAGUAACAAUGAUCGAAAUAGGGAUCAUACAAAUAUUGUUGUUUGCAUUCUUAGUUUAAUGAUAUCUUUAUUAGUGCUCAACAGAACAUAUCUGCUUUACAAUAAUAGAAAACUUGUAAUUAUUCCAUCCAACUAAGGAUUUUUUGAAAGUUUUUAAGGUCACAUUAUAUGUCCUAUAUAGCAAGUGAUAUUUUUCAAUAAAAAUC